AUGUCUAAAAGGAGUCAGGUUUGUGACCGAUGUCGAUUAACCAAGCGGGCUUGUAUAGGAGGUGGGGAUACUUGUCUUGCUUGUCUAAGGGCUGAUAUAAAGUGCCAGGUGACAGUAAAACUAAAAAGAAAACGAAAACCAAAUUCAAGUUUGGAAGAUCUCGGAACAAACGAUGAUGGAAUGAAAAUCAUAGCGCUAGAAAAUCGUAUCAAAGAACUAGAAAGCCAGUUAAAAGAAGAUACAAGCAAUGACCUUGUGUUUUGUCAUUUGGGGAGAUUAUUGCCGGGAUCAAAAGAAUCCAUCUUUGCUGGUUCAACUACGGGAGACUUCUUCAUGAGACAAAUUCAAAACGAGGUCAACGAAAAGAUGACUCACAGCUAUUCGUUCACUGAAACUGCAUCUUUGGCUUUCCGUUCUACCAGUGAAUUACACAGGCGGCUCAAAAAUGCUGUCGAUAUAUCAUUCUUGAAUGAUUUAGAUCAGGUCGAAAUGAUCACAAGUUAUAAACGAGACUGGAACUCUUUAUAUCCAUUCUUGGACGAUGUUACGCCACAAACAAUACUACCAAACAAUGAGCUCGAGAAAUUCACAACACAUACAAUCUAUACCCAUUUCAUGAUCAUAUGCAUUCAAUUGUUGUCAAAUAAUGACAUUGCCAAUGCUGCUACGCUCUUCCGGUUCUUGCAAGAAAAGUAUUUGGUCAGUCUUAUGGAACCACCCACCAUGGCUGUUUUGAAAUGCUAUUUGGUCACUAUGAUCUACUUACAACUAGUGGGAAAUCACGAUCUAUGUCUUCAAUUCAAUGGAAUGGCAGUACGUCUAGCAUUUUUGUUUGGACUUCACCGACACUCGUUUCGAUUCAACUUCUCACCAGCCGAGGUCGAAUUCAGAAAAUCCUAUUGGUGGUGUGUGUAUAUCCUUGACCUUCAGAUAAGUUGCAACAAUGGUUUGCCCAAACUUAUCAAGGAUGAAGAUGUCGAUACAGAAUUGCCAACUGAGUUCAACAAACUUACCUUGCAAAAUAUUGAAUACCCUCUUCCUGGUGAGAAAGCGAAAAACAGCGGCUUCGUUUUGCUAGUAAAGUUGUUCAAAGUCUUGAAUGAAAUCCUUGCUUCUCUUUAUACAACGACAGAACGGAGAAAUGGAGUUCCAAAGAUUACUCUGUUAAGAAGAAAGUUAGAUCACCUGGAGAGAAGAAUUUCUAUCAGUUCAUGA